AUGGGCAAAGCCAAACCCAAGAGCCAGAAGCGCGAAGACUACCGCAAUGCGCGCAGCCAAGAAGGCGUGGUGGACUUGCCAAAGAAGAAGUUCUACAGGCAAAGAGCUCAUGCAAACCCUUUUUCGGACCAUCAACUAGUCUACCCAGCUAGCCCAGAUGAAAUGGACUGGACCCAGUACUACCCUGCCUUCGCUAUCCAAGACGAAACCCCUUCCAUCGACUCAAGAGCAGUGGCAACGGCGAUUUCAGACUCAGAUUUGCGGUGCGAUUCAGUUGUAAAAACACGUAACUUAAGGAAGAAUGUCGAGGUGGUCGAUAUUGGCUGUGGCUUCGGAGGGCUCUUGGUAGCACUUGCCCCUCUUAUGCCAGACACCUUGGCACUUGGCCUGGAAAUUCGAACUUCGGUCACUGAGUAUGUCCAAGAACGUGUGAAAGCGCUUCGAGCCCAGAACGAGGGCACUGGUCUCUACCAAAACAUCAGCUGCCUCAGGGCCAACAGCAUGAAGUUCCUUCCUAACUUCUUCAAGAAGUCUCAGCUGUCGAAGAUCUUCAUUUGCUUCCCCGAUCCCCACUUCAAAGCCAGGAAACACAAAGCCAGGAUUGUCUCGGCCACACUCAAUUCCGAGUACGCAUUUGCGCUUCGGCCGGGCGGUGUCGUCUACACAAUCACGGAUGUCGAGCCGUUACACCAAUGGAUGGUAGAACAUUUCAGUAUGCAUCCUUCGUUCGAGCGUGUUUCCGAAGAGAUACAGGAAGCAGAUGAGUGCGUCAAGGUCAUGAGGUCAGAGACGGAAGAGGGUAAGAAGGUAGCACGGAAUCAAGGGCAAAAAUACGUUGCCCUUUUCCGUAGAAUGGAAGACCCUCCAUGGUGA